AUGGUCCGAGCAUGCCCGGUGUGCGGGUCGAGGCGGUGGAGGAGGGACAAUGUAACGGGGAGUGCGGUCUGUGAGGAUGGGCAUGUCUAUCAGGACUUCAGAGUCGAGGAUCAAGAGGCCGAUGGGCCAAGCGCGUACGCGCUGCAGCGGCGGAAGAUGAAGACGGGGAAGUCGGGUGUGCGGAAAGAGCAGGGCGGAAAGAAUGCGGCGUACUAUGAAGGGGACGAUGCGGAGUACCUCCGACUGCAGGCUUUGCAGCUUCUUCUGAGGAUGCAAGUACUGGCGAUCAGGAAGCUGUGGGAUCUACCGGAGGUGUACGAGAUGAUCGUCAAGGAUCUGUGGACGUACCAGCUCGCCAUCUCCGCCCUACCGCCUCCGCCCGAAGAUACCGCCUCCCGCCCAGACUCCGGGCCCUCGAGCGUCCAGCCUCAGACGAAGUCUCAGACUUCGAAGGGCACUCUCAGCAAGGUCACCACCGCGCAAGGCAAUGAGAGCGAUGCCGGCGAGCCCGAGGGGGACGAAUCCGACAAGUCUGAUCAAGACAAUGAGGCGGGAGUAGACCUGGACCUGCUGGAAGAGAUGUCGCAUCUCUCGGAGUUGUCGGAUAAGGAAGAGGGGUAUAAUCCUAGAGGAGGAAGAGGGGGUAAGGGAAAGACGAAAGGGAGGAAGAAGAGGCGAUUGAAAGUGUCGGAUACGCUGGUGGUGCUGAGUCUGGGGUUAUGGAUGAUGCGGAGGGGGGCGAUGUGCGUGGAUAUCGAGAAUCUCGUCAAUGGGAACCUCAUCCCUUAUCUCGACUUUGCUCACUCUACUCUCCUCCCGGCUGAGAUGCGGAAACACAUGAAUCGAAACGUCAUGACCUCAUUAUCACCUAUUCGCUGUCCCCCGCCGAGAUACCUCUUUGCAUCCAUCCGCAUCCUGGCUCGGACCCUCAAUACCGACUUUGGCAUCCCUAUACCCGACGUCAACCUCCCGCUGCUAUCAUGGCGCGCCAUUGGGGCUUUAGGUGGAACUCCCGUAACACUGUCUCAAGUCACCUGCCUGCUCGACCUGGUCGACAUGAACACCUCCCUCCUCGAGACGUCUACGACUCUCCGCACACGUCGUGCACGCGGCCGCGGUACCAGUCGUUCCCGAGCGUCCACACGCGGCGCAUCCCGGAAUCGCUCUUCCGGCCGGAUGAGCAUCGAUGCCAAUAGCGACGACGAGCCAGAUGAGCAAGGGGUGGACCAUGACGAGGUAGUGGAGAAGCUCGCGGUGGUGUAUCGGCGCACGGAUCGGAAUCGGGACGUCGUGAUGCCUGAGCUGGCGGUGGUGGCUGCUUGGGUGGUGGUUAUGAAGAUGAGCUAUGGGCUGGAUGGGAUGGAUCGACGAGCGUUGGAUAAGGAUGAUCCGGUCGUGGGUUUACCGGAGGGAAAGACGUGGAUUGGCGAACUUGAGCGGCGUAUGAGAGAGGGGAGUCUGAACAGCGAAAGGAAAGAUCUGGAGCGACGCAGUGACUUUUCGGUACUCUCGCUUGAUGAUAUCGACCGGUAUCUCAACACCGCUGAAGACGUAUUACUGAAAGACCGAGAACCUCCAGUUAAUAGCGACGCCCAGACCUUCCCUCUCGCCCCCCGCCCCCAUAUCCCCAUCGUCGACCCCCCUCCCUUAUCCUACCGAACCGUCCAUACCUACCUCCCCAUCAUCACCUCCACCCCCUCACCUCUGAUCCCAGGUACAGGUAUCCCGCCCGAACCAGGGGAAGAAAUACGGACGUACGACCCCAAAGACGUGACCGGGACGUUACCGACCGCGUACGAGGUCGUCGUGAGAGCAGCGGCGGAGGUGGUGGGUGUGAAAAUGGAGAAUGUGGCGGAGGUGGUACAGAUCAUCGAGAGGAGGUUGGAGAAGGGUCGGAAGGAACGGAGGAUCAGUAUGAGGGGGAAAUAUGGGAAGGGGAGGGCAAAAGGAAAGGGGAGCAGGAGCAAGUCGCGUGUUGGAGGCGGGCAGGGUGGGGAGGGGAUAGAAGGGAGGGGGGCGUUUGAGGUGGAUGAGGGGAGUGAGAUUGAGGAGGAUGAGUAG